AUGGCUCCGAGCUUCCUCGAUUAUCCACCCGAGAUUCGUGAGCAGAUAUACAGUGACAUUUUAUCCACUGCUGUCUCCAAAGUCGAAUCUGACAAGCCCGACGAGCCUGCCCGCUAUGAGUUCCAGCUGGACAUUCUCCUGACUUGCCACCAAAUUCAUCGUGAGGCCAAGAAAGUCUUCCAAGACAAUGUUUUCAUUAAGAUCACUACGCCAUGGCCUGAGUCUAUUGAACAUAUCAGGAGCGAGGGUAAAGUUCCAAGCGUGACGACUGGAGAGAAAGCCGAGCUCUUCCGGGAUUUCCACCUCUGGGUUUUCAUCGAUACUCCCGGAAGUCCUUAUCCCAGUCGCCAUGGGAGAUUCAGCAUGCUUAUCUCCCUCGAAGAUCUCGAGUCCUUCAAUAGAUUCUGGCACUUCUCCAACCUCAAUCACCACGGUCUAAACCAGCAACUGCGCCUCAAGCUCACCCUCCAGGAUCCCCAUGUCCGAGACCGCAAACUUCCCAAAGCGCUACAGACCCGUCUCUUGCUGCCAUUUGGCAUGAUCAAGGACCUCGACACCUUCACAGUUCACGGCUCGAAGCUCUUGCCCUCCGUGGACGAAGCUCUAAAGAAGGAACGAGCUAUUCCCGACCCAACGCCGGAGCAGUGUCUCGAGAAAGGCUUCGCGCUCAAAGACGCCGGUAACGCGCUUCUUAAACUCGGGUUAUACCGUCAAGCACUCCAGAAAUACAUCGAUUCGUUCGGCGCGAUCCAUAUCUACGUCUCGGGUCGUGUUCGCACUGUGCAUUGCGACGGCUUCUACAUCCGCGACCUCAACUCUGGCACUUACAAAGGUCAACGUGCCGACUACGCACGCAUGAUCUUACGCGUACAACUAGUUGCCAAUGUUGUUCUUGCGUACCUCAAGCUGGAAGAUUACAGCGAAGCGCAUUUCUGGGGCAAGCGCAGCAUAGUCCUCUUCCGCCAUUCCCUUACCGGCGAUGAGAGUGACGAAAUUGGCGAUGAUGGCCAGGCCUGGUUGAAUCAGACUUGGCCGGUCAGCUUCCCAGGUCAUGAUGCGAUGGGGAAGAUCUUUUACCGGACCGCACUGGCGAGCAGAGCUUUGGGAAAGGUGGCGGAUGUGAAGACUUUGAUGAAAGCAGCCGCGGUGUAUUUGCCAAAUGAUGAGGUUGUGCAGAAGGAGAUGAGGGCUCUAGAAGAGAAACAGGGAGUAGCUUCUCAGAAGGUAUGA